AUGUCGUCCAUCUCGGCGCAGGGCGUGGUGGAGCGCGCCAGCGCGGAGCUCACCAAGCGCAUCAACGGGCUGGGUCUGCGCGCCGCGGGUAAGCACCACCGGGCGCCGUCGCCCGCGCCGGCCGCCAACGGCGCCGGGGAGGUGGUGGUGGCCGCCGCCAAGGCCAGCGUCAUGGAGCGCGUCACCAACGCGCUGUGCGGCGGAGGCGGAGGCGGCGCCGGGACGCCGCAGCUGUCCCGCCGCGGCGCGCCGCCCCCGCCUCCCCCGGGCGCCACCCCCGCGGCCUCCAGGCCUGGCCGCCGACAGCCGCAGCUGCAACACCGCCGACAACCCAACUCCUGGGAACAGCUGCUCAUGGACGAGAUGUUCCUCGCCAGGUUCUUCCUGCAGUACUUCUCCGCCGCCGAACGCAGGCCACUGGCACAGGUGUGCAGCCGGUGGCGCGACGUGCUGUACCGGUCUGCGCGCUACUGGAGCGGCCUGGUGCCGGUGCUGCGGUGCCGCGAGCUGCGCGCCGCGCUGCCGGGCGAGCGGGCGCGGCUGUACGCGUCGCUGCUGCGGCGCGGCUUCCACUCGCUGGCGCUGCUCGGCGCCGCCGACGAGGACGCGCUCGACCUGGUGCACGCCUUCCCCGCCGCCAGCAAGCACGUGCACUCGCUCAGCCUGCGCUGCUGCAGCAUCAGCGACCGCGGCCUCGAGGCGCUGCUCGACCACCUGCAGGCGCUGUUCGAGCUGGAACUGGCGGGCUGCAACGAGGUGACGGAGGCGGGCCUGUGGGCGUGCCUGACGCCGCGCAUCGUCUCGCUGACGCUGUCCGACUGCAUCAACGUGGCCGACGAGGCGGUGGGCGCCGUGGCGCAGCUGCUGCCCUCGCUGUACGAGUUCUCGCUGCAGGCCUACCACGUCACCGACGCCGCGCUCGGCUACUUCUCGCCCAAGCAGAGCGGCUCGCUCUCCAUCCUGCGCCUGCACAGCUGCUGGGAGCUCACCAACCACGGCAUCGUCAACAUCGUGCACUCGCUGCCUAACCUGACGGUGCUGAGCCUGUCGGGCUGCAGCAAGAUCACGGACGACGGGGUGGAACUAAUCGCCGAGAACCUGGGCAAGCUGCGCUCGCUCGACCUGUCGUGGUGCCCGCGCAUCACGGACGCCGCUCUCGAGUACAUCGCCUGCGACCUCAACCAGCUGGAGGAGCUCACGCUAGACCGGUGCGUGCACAUCACGGACAUCGGCGUCGGCUACGUGUCCACGAUGCUGUCGCUGUCGGCACUGUUCCUGCGCUGGUGCUCGCAGCUGCGGGACUUCGGCCUGCAGCACCUGUGCGGCAUGCGCAACCUGCAGGUGCUCUCUCUGGCAGGUUGUCCACUGCUUACGUCCAGUGGUCUGUCCAGUCUCAUACAGCUACGGCACUUACAAGAACUUGAAUUAACCAACUGUCCAGGAGCAUCCAAGGAAUUGUUUGAGUAUCUCAGAGAACACUUACCUCAUUGUUUAGUAAUAGAAUAAUGAAGGUAAUUUAUUUUUAAAACUGUUCCUGACAUCAGGCAGAAGAAUUAGUGAUUGAAAUUACUUGAACCCAACAAGAAAUUCACAGAAGAUAUAUAACAAAUGUGCCUGUGCAGUGGUUUCAUUUCAGAGUAUGAUUCAAAGGCAUACUGAGUAAAUGUGCUGUUCAGGAGCAGUAUUUUGAAGUAAAUAGUGUGUUUAAACAUUUCCAUCAUUCCAACCCAGCUUGCAAAAAUUCAGUCCUUUAUAAUAAAAGCUUACAUAAGGGGGCUUUUAAUAUUUAACUCCUCAUCUCACAAAGACUGAAAUUUGUUUUAGUGACUGACAUGUUGAUUCAUAUUUGUAAGCUGUUAAAUGCACUGCAACCCCUCUAAGUAGAACUACAGACUGA